UCUUGGUCUCUACUUGUCCUAUUCUGUGAAAUGAAACACGGAAUAGCCAAUUUUCAGUGCCCUGCGGAACUGAGGGGAACAGCGAAGAGAAGCCAUGUUCGUGAUUUAACCGAUCGAAACCCACAGUUUAUUGGUGAUUGCUCGAUGGUUUCUGUAAUAAAUCGGUGGUAAGUCUACACUGGCACUCGCUACUCAGUCGCAGAGACGGAGAAGCAGAGGGCCAGGUUCGAUCCAGUGAAGUCAAACGCAGCUUGCGAUGCCAGCCGCGGAUGCAGAGCCGGGCAUCAUGAGCGGAGACACGGUGGCUGCAGCCUCGGCCUUACCGAACCAGCCCCCCAGUGAACGCGCUGUCAGUGUGCUAUGGUCGUUUGGAAAAUGCCUGGGUGCGCUUCUACCGGUGUACCUGGCCGGAUACUACGGUUUCAGCAUCAGCGUUGUCCUGUUCGGGCUGAUGAUCUACAUGGGAUGGAAGCACAGUCGACUGGAGAAAGUGAUUCGGCUCAAGUCUGCCAUGUACCUUCUGGAGAACGAGAGGGAACUGACUACUGAAAAGGUUUUCAGAGCCAAAAGGGAUUUGCCUCCCUGGGUCAACUUUCCUGAUGUGGAAAAAGUGGAAUGGCUGAACAAGAUCCUGCAGCAGGCUUGGCCUUUUGUAGGCCAGUAUAUGGAGAAGUUGCUGGUGGAAACCAUUGCUCCUGCCAUCCGUGCCUCCAGUAUUCAUCUGCAGACUCUCAGCUUCACCAAGGUCAACAUAGGAGACAAGGCUUUGAAGGUGGUUGGCGUAAAGGCUCACACAGAACACGAUAAGAGACAAGUUAUGUUGGAUUUGUACCUGAGCUAUGCUGGUGAUGUUGAAGUCAAUGUUGAAAUCAAGAAGUACUUUUGCAAAGCUGGUGUGAAAGGAAUCCAGCUACACGGGAAGCUGCGUGUGAUCCUGGAGCCUUUGAUUGGAGAUGUUCCACUGGUUGGAGCCAUCACAAUGUUCUUCAUCCGCAGGCCUAAAUUGGACAUCAACUGGACUGGGCUGACCAACCUGCUGGAUAUCCCUGGGCUGAAUGCCAUGUCGGACACUAUGAUAAUGGAUGCAAUAGCCUCCCACCUGGUGCUCCCCAAUCGUCUCACUAUUCCCCUGGUGGCCGACCUGCACGUUGCGCAGCUCCGCUCCCCUCUCCCAAGGGGAGUUGUGCGUAUCCAUCUGUUGGAGGCGGAGGACCUAACUGCUAAGGACACAGUCAUCAAAGGCUUAAUCGACGGGAAAUCAGACCCGUAUGCCGUUUUGCGUGUAGGAACCCAGAUCUUCACCUCUCAUCACGUAGACAGCAACUUGAACCCACAGUGGAGGGAGAUGUAUGAGGUGAUUGUCCAUGAAGUACCUGGUCAGGAGUUGGAAGUGGAAGUAUUUGACAAAGACCCAGACCAGGAUGACUUCCUGGGGAGGGCCAAGGUGGACCUUGACAUUGUCAAGAAGGCCAGAGUUGUGGAUGAUUGGUUCAAUCUGAGGGAUGUGCCAUCUGGCAGCGUUCACCUCCGGCUGGAGUGGCUCUCUCUGCUGUCCUCUGCUGACAGACUGAGUGAGGUGAUCCAGAAGAACGAGAACUUGACCAGCAAGACAGCUGAACCUCCAUCUGCCGCCAUCUUGGCCGUCUAUAUUGACCAAGCUCAUCAACUGCCUAUGAGAAAAGGCAAUAAGGACCCAAGCCCAAUGGUCCAGGUGUCCAUUCAGGAUUCAACUAAAGAGAGCAAGACUUGUUACGGAACCAACAGCCCUGUGUGGGAGGAUGCUUUUACCUUCUUCAUUCAGGAUCCUCGCAAACAAGACAUUGACAUUCAAGUCAAAGAUGACGACCGUGCUCUGUCCCUGGGCAGCCUGACCAUCCCUCUGACCCGUAUUCUGGCGACCCCUGAACUCACCAUGGACCAGUGGUUCCAGCUGGAGAAUUCUGGUUCAGCCAGUCGCAUUUACGCCAAAAUUGUGCUUAGGAUUUUGUGGCUAAGCGAUGAUGCCACUCCUACAACUCCAUCUCCUCGGCCUUUAUCCUCUGGAUCUGGGAUAGGUCAGGGGGGAAUCACAUCAGAACUGAACCCUGCUGGGCCAGGCGGGUUAGCUAAACCUCAACCAGCGCAACCGCAGCACACCACACCCGACCCAGAGUUCUCAACUGAGGGUGUGCUGCGUGUUCACCUGGUAGAGGCCCAAAACCUGAUAGCCAAGGACAACUUCAUGGGGGGGAUGGUGAAGGGAAAGAGUGACCCCUAUGUUAAGAUACGUGUUGCUGGUAUCACCUUCCGCAGCCACACCAUCAAAGAGAACCUCAAUCCCACCUGGAAUGAGCUCUAUGAGGUGAUUUUGACCCAGCUUCCUGGUCAGGAGAUCCAAUUUGAGUUGUUUGACAAGGACAUCGACCAGGAUGACUUCCUUGGAAGAUUCAAGCUUAACCUACGAGAUAUCAUCAGCGCACAAUUCAUCGAUACGUGGUACACUCUGAAUGAUGUGAAGUCAGGCCGAGUUCACCUGGUGCUGGAGUGGCUGCCCAGAGUCACUGACCUACCCAGACUGGAGCAGAUCCUGCAAUACCAGUCCCAGCAAUCGUACCAGAACAAGGUUGUGCCAUCAGCAGCUGUGCUAUUUGUGUAUGUGGAGCGUGCCCAUGGCCUUCCGUUGAAGAAGAGUGGAAAAGAGCCAAAAGCUGGAGCAGAGAUUAUCCUCAAAGGCAUUUCACACAAAACCAAGAUUUGCGAGCGCUCCACAUCUCCUCGAUGGGACGAAGCCUUUCAUUUUUUGGUUCGUGACCCCAGAGAUGAAACACUCACAGUUAAGCUGUCCCACAGCUGGGGCCAGGCCCUUGGGUCCUUGACACUUCCUCUCAGGGAGGUGCUGGCUGAGCCGGGCUUGGUGCUCGACCGCUGGCUCAGUCUGGAUGGCGCUCUUCCAGAGAGCCAGAUCCUACUGAGGGCCACACUCAAGAUCUUGGACACUCAGCAGGCAGUGUGUCGUAGGGCUCCAGGGGAAGCAGGUAAUGAUGCCAGCGAAGAGGACGUCAUCCCCAGAUGGGUUCCAUCCCACCUAGACAUCAGACACAGAGGUGGAUUCUCCAUAGCCAGUGACAAUGCAAACGCAGUAGGCCAGGUGAAGCUCACUGUGGGCUACUCCACAGAGGAGAGCAGGCUUUUCAUCACUGUGCAUUCCUGCAGAGCUCUGGCAGCCUGCUCCAAGGACGGUGCAGAUCCUUAUGUUACCUUCAUCCUGCUGCCUGACAAGAAGGCUACAACCAAGAGGAGAACGGCCACCAAGAAGAGAGACCUCAACCCAGAAUUCAACGAAAGGUUUGACUUUGACUUCUCGCUCGAGGAGUCCUUGCAGAGAAGACUGGACCUCUCUGUGAAGAACAAUGUCUCCUUCAUGAGCAGAGAGCGGGAGCUCAUCGGCAAGUUGCAGCUGGACCUGGACCAAAUAGACCUUACGGCUGGUGUCACACAAUGGUACGAUUUGGUUGCAGAGACCAACUAGAAGAAUCUACGCUUGAUCUUCGGUACUAUAUAAAAAUAAGUGUUGCUUCUGUGAUCUGUGAUCUGUGAUUUGUGUGUUUGUAUAUUCAGCUUAAAUAAAAAUUUCCACCGUCA